UCUAGUUCUAUGUUUUGCACAUCUUUCAGUGUCAUAAUUUUCUUCUAUAUUCUCUCAGUUUCACUCCCUAAAAAUGGAGUUUCGACACCUAGGCUUCCUUUCAGCCUUUUUGUGUCUUGCUCUUGUUGGAUACCAUGUUCAAGCAUCGCUACCCGCCGAAGAUUAUUGGAAAUCCCUGUGGCCCAAUACUCCCAUGCCUAAAGCUCUAAAGGAUCUUAUGCAGUCUGAUUCUGAGUGGGGAAAUUGGAGGGCAAGUGGAAGGACUCAUGCUAGGGUAGGCAACAAGCUGAUGAAUGUUGACCCCUAUAACAGGGCAGCCAACAAAGACCCUAAAAAACAUAAAUUUCAUGAUAAAUUCAAUCUCAGUGUCACAUUCUUCUUGGAACAUGACCUUCAACCUGGCAAAAAAUUUAAUUUGGACUUCACAAAGCUUUCGGAUGAGUUUACUUUCUUACCCGACAAAGUAUCGAAAUCGAUCCCUUUUUCCAGUAACAGGUUCUCAGAAAUUCUGAAUCACUUCAAUAUAGAAGCCAAGUCAAGUGACGCAGAGACGUUGAAACAUACACUAGACACAUGCGAGUUACCUGGUAUUGACGGAGAGGACAAGUACUGUGCCACAUCUCUGGAGUCAGUAGUCAAUUUCACAGUCUCAAAGCUUGGAAAGAACAUCAGGUUGGUUUCAUCAACUGUGCUGUUGGAAAAGGAAACCCAGAAGAAGAAGCCACAGCAAUAUAGUGUUUUGAAGGGCGUGCAGAAAUUAGGGGACAAAGCAGUGGCAUGCCAUAAGAUGAAUUACCUAUAUGCUGUGUUUUAUUGCCAUAAGGUUGCUACAAGGUCCUACUCUGUUCCACUGGUGGCCUCUGAUGGGACAAAAGCUAAAGCAUUAGCAGUUUGUCACACAGAUACUGAACAAUGGAGUAACAACAGUAUUGGAUUAAAGCAGCUUAAGAUUAAGCCGGGAACUCUUCCUGUUUGCCAUUUUGUUGCAGCUGAUAGCCUUCUCUGGAUACCCAAUUAAGCUUUCAAAAUCAUAAUGCAUAUGGACCAUAG